AUGGCGUCAGAUGCAUCACGACGAUGGCUCGACGAUAGUGGCAUCUUGAGUUGUCGCAUUAAGCUCCCCCAAUCGCUCGCACAAUCGCACGCCCUGGCGCAAGCGCAAGCAGACAACGCGAGAGCUGUCGCGGAAAACAUCGCCAGGUCGCAGUUCGCUCUCGACAUGGCCUCCUCGACAGACUUCAGAUCGAUGGAUGUCCCGCUGCAGAGCACCAGCCCCAACGCCCGGCGCAACAACGAGGGCGAGUUCGCCGAUGCUGCGAUACAGAUGCAGAAUAUGCAGAAACUCAAUCAUGGUCUGGAUACGCUGCGUCUACCCUCCGAUCCGGAUGCCCAGGCCACGGUGACGGAUUUCCUCGAUUUCACCGAGUACCUCCCCUCCGACAUGAUCAGGUCCCUAACCCUCAUCGGCAACCUCGAUCAUCAAUACUCCGAAGCUUCCAUCGAAGUCCAUGACCUUACCAAGAUGUACGGACAGCUUCCGAGUCUGCCGGCAGAGACAAAACCGGAUCCCACGAGCCUCCGGGCGGCGAUUUCACAGAACUUGGGCGAGGCUAUUGGGGCCCGUACUGCUUCUUAUGCGGAGGCGUGCCGCAUGCUGGAGAAUGUCGAGCGCCAUUAUAGUCGCAUUAAGAACAUCCAUGCCAAGCUACAAUUGAUAGCUGAUACAUACCCACCUUCUCGAGACCCAAGUCCCACCCCUCUAAAGAACCGAUCUCCUGCAGUGAACCGACCACCGAAGAUUACAUUGCGUGUAGGCGGAGGAGCAGCAGAUGGCGGAGCGAAUAAGGUCCGCAAACAUCGCCCGCCGAGGAUCACGGUGCCUGGGGAGGUUCUUGCGCCGUAUGAACUAGAUUACGAGUCCUGGGGAUCCGAUAGCGAUGAGUCUUCCGAUGACCAAUUCGUCACUCCGAGAGAAACCCCGUCGAGGACACUUGCUGGCAAUAAAAUAAGGCUGAAGGUUCCGAAGCAGAGAAAGGACAGGGCGCCAAAGCCUCCGAGAGAUAACCGUCCUCCAGGAUUUGGCACGAACGUACAUAGCAUGAUUGCUGGUAUCUCUACGAGUAAUGCUCUGAAAUUGCUUCAACCACCACCUCCCGAUGCCAAGCCAGGAAGUGAACACCUGCCAUGGCUAGCCUUGAGCGAGUACGAGCUUGGUCACCUACGGAAGAAGAUGAAGAAGAAUGCCGUUUGGUCUCCGAGUGAUACCAUGAUUAAUCGAGAACUCAAAGUCAGGGGCCGGGGUCUCGAGGCUUAUCGAGCGGCGGUGGCAGAGGCGGCAGCGAAAGGCGAGACAAUUGAGGUGCCGCCGCAGCUCUCUGGCCAAAAUGUUACCGAUAAAGGGGCACUCAGUGCCGAAGCGGCAAACAAGAGCUUGGAGGAGGAAGCUCCGUUGAUGAACCGCGGCAUGAAGCUAAACGAGGCCAAAAAGCUCAAGAGGGAGAACCAGAAAAAGGAGCUCGAGGCGGCAGAGGAUGGGUUUGAGGAAGCUAUGCGGAAAGUGGAAAAUGCAAAGACUACAAUAGAGAAUCUAUUUAGUGCUGGUGAUAAGUUUCCAGCCAAGGAGAAGAAAGGCACCGUGAAGACGCCCAGUAGAACUCCGGCUAGGAAGCGAAAGAGGGAGCCUGAAGCUGAUGCAGAAGGCGAUGCUGACAAGGCUGCUGGGGCCAGUUCAGUAAAACCGGCGAGACCACUGUUGAAACGAAGCAAGACGGAGACUCCUGUCCCUGUGCCACAGUCAAUUGCUGCUAAACAGGCAACCCCAGCUUCUGAAGCCACUCCGUCCGUCGUCAGCGAGACUACCCAAGCUACGAUACAAGUGUCAACCCCAGCAGCAACCCCUAUCGAAGCACCAGCCGAGCCGGCAGCUACCCCUUUACCUGUUCCGGCGCCAUCACCAAAGAAAUCUAUAACCCCGAUCCUACCACCAGUCAGAGCGUCAAAGAAGAACGUCCGGAGUGAGCUCAAGAAAAUUGAGACCCCAACAGCAACCUCCGAACGACCGCAUCGAGGUGCAGCAGCAGCUAUUCCAGUUACUCCGGUAGCCCCAAUAACCGUCCCCCUACCUGUUCCACCACCGAUCGCAACUCCAACACCUGAAGCCCUUCCCGCAAAACGCCCAACCUCGUCCCGCAGCAAAGCAGCAAGCGUCGAGCGCGAGGUAGCCACAGCAACAACUGACCGGCCCCGUCGCACAAGCACCGCUCGCAACACGCCCGCCCCGGAACCCCAGCGGCAACCCAGCAAACGCACUAAGCGUCCUGCCCCCGGAAUAGUGACCAAGAACUCCGGGGACUCCACGGCUGUGAGCGUGGGAAAGCGCAGUGCCGCUACACGCAAGAAGGCCGGGCCGAAGAAGGAGAAGAAGGAUGGCAGGGAAGGGAGUGCAGCGCAGGAGAUAUUCGAUGAGGUUGACGAUGAGGGGAAUAUUAUUGACCCUGACGAGCCGAGGUACUGUCUUUGCAACCGGGUUAGCUUUGGGACUAUGAUCGGGUGUGAGAGCCAUGAUUGCGAGAAGGAAUGGUUCCAUCUCGAAUGCGUGGGUCUCACUGAAAUCCCGCCCAGAACUACCAAGUGGUAUUGUCCAGAAUGCCGGAUCACCCUUAGGAUCGGCGAGAAAGGGGAGGUUAAUGCGAGGGGUAAGAAGAAAUGA